CAGUAGGCAGCAAACAAGCCGGCUGACAGGAGGAAGAAGACGACAUCCACAAACAAAUUAAACCAACAAUGGCGUCCUCGCCGCUGCAGCUUCUGCUGCUCCUCGUCGCCGCCGCCGCCGUGGCUCCGCGGCUGAGCUCGGCCGUGGACCCAGUGGGCACGUACUGCGCCAAGAACUUCACGGGCGCGCAGACGCAGGCGAGCAUCGGCCAGGUGCUCGCCUCACUCGUCCCGCGCGCCUCGGCCGCCUACUACGCCACGGCCACCGCCGGCAGCGGCGCCUCCGCCGUCUGGGGCCUGGCGCAGUGCCGCGGCGACAUCCCGGCCCCCGACUGCGCGCGCUGCGUCGCCGCGGCGGCGAGGCAGGCGGCGUCGGCGUGCCGGGGCCAGGCGGACGCGCGGGUCUGGUACGACUACUGCUUCCUGCGCUACGGCGACGCCGACUUCCUGGGCCUGCCGGACACCGGGUACGCGCUCAUCCUCAUCAACACCAUGAACGCCAGCGGCGACCCCGACGCGUUCGACCGCGCCGAGCGGAAGCUCAUGGCGCGGGUGGCGGCGGAGGCCGGCGACCCCGCGAGCGGCGGGCUGGCGAGGGAGACGGCGAGGUUUGGCUCGGCGACGACCAUCUACGGGCUCGGGUGGUGCACCAGGGACAUCACCGCCGCCGACUGCGGGCUGUGCGUGGCGCAGGCCGUGGCGGAGCUGCCCAACUACUGCCGCUUCCGGCGCGGGUGCCGCGUGCUCUACAGCAGCUGCAUGGCGCGCUACGAGACCUACCCCUUCUUUUUCCCCGUCAGCGGCGCCGCGGCCGCCGCCUCCCACGACGGCGAGUACCAGAAAGUCGUCUUGAACCACACCUAGUUCGACCGUUUUGUCAAUCUCAUCAGGCUCUCAGUAAUGGCUAUCGAAAUGUUGUACAAUACGUAUGUAUGUUUCGAUUCAAUAAUGCGGAUGCUCGCGUUGCAAUCACCAAGUCACCAA